AUUGUUUGUGGUCUUGAGUGCCUGGCUAACUAGUGCCAAUGGAAAAGAAGAGGUAAAUGGAAACGAAAUAGCAGAGUUGAUUACCAAGAAAUUAGCAGGAAAUGUCGAGCAGUACGUGGGGCUAUGGAACCUAAUCAAGAUGGGGAAAGAAGAAGCCAUCGAUUCCCGCACAUCGUCAAUAACUGCGGUCCAGCUAAUAGCCCGGCACAACUAUCCGGUGGAAACGCACAUUGUCAUUACCCAAGAUGGCUACGUACUCACGAUCUUCCGCAUUCCCUCAUCGAAUCAUUGUACAAGGAGCGGUACAAAGCCAGUGGUUCUCCUGCAGCACGGAAUCAAUUUCGCGGCGGAUGGAUUCCUGGUGACUGGACCCAAAACCGGACUACCAUAUUUGCUGGCCGAUGCCUGCUUCGAUGUGUGGCUGAGCAACUGCCGCGGAACCCGAUACUCUAGACGCCACACCACUUUAAGGGUCUCUGAGCAGAAAUUCUGGCAAUUCAGCUUUCAUGAAAUGGGAAUACAGGACUUGCCUGCCCAGAUCAACUAUAUUCUCUUGAAAACGAAGCAGAAUGCAUUGCAUUUUGUCUGUUAUUCUGAGGGAUGCUCUGCUGGAAUGGUCCUGCUCAGCAUGAAACCGGAGUACAACGGGAAGAUCAAGACCGCCAACCUGUUGGCCCCCACUGUCUUCAUGAAGCACUCCAAGUCUUGGGGUCUGCAGUUACUCAAGCCGCUAUUUAUGAAGCUGCCCGAUGCACAGUGGUCGGGCUUGUAUGGAGCCGCGGCCAUAAAUACUUCUAGAUGUGCUAUCGCCAUGAAACUUUUACCAAAAAUCUAGAUAAAUAUUAUAAAUUUAUGUUACAAAAAUUGGCCAGAUCGUACCACUAUAUCCUAUAUCUUCCA